AUGUUGAUCACAGACUCGCUGAUCUUUGAGCCCGCGCGGAAGCGCGUGUCGAGGCGCUGGCCUCGGUCACCUUCGAGCCCACCAAACAGGUCGUCAACUCGAUCUCCGACGGCCUCUACACCCAAGGCCUUCUCAUCGUCUUCCAUUUCGCGCGCUAGAGCUGCAUCAGAACUUCCGCCAGAAGCGUUUAGAGUGGGUUGCGCGGUUGGGACUCAGCAUCGGCUUGCUCAAUGCGAGGAGGAUCUAGUGCUCGACGAUCUUGCACCUUCACCUCGCCAACACUUCGCAGCCUACAUGCACUUGCACCGCGAAGGUGUCGCGAUGACUGCUGCUUCACAUGGUGGAAGCAGGAAAAGCGAAGCCCCUCCUCUGACGGAGCUGCGCAGGGGCUCAGCUCAGACUCUACGGCUUGAUGUUGAUGGGCUGGAUCUAGGCGGUGAGCGAGUGGAAGGUAGCAGUGUGGCCUCAUCUUCUGGCUACGUCGCGCUCGAAAGCGCUGCUUGGACGCUACCCGCACCCAAGUACGAGGACGCGUCUGCAUCAAUCACCGAAUGCGGCGACCGCUCCCCGAAUGACCUCAGUCAAUCGCCGCCUGCAGGGAGACAAUGGAGACACAUGUUUGAUUGCGAGGAGCGCCACGACUCGGAAGAUACAUUUGCGGCUCACUUGAGGCAUGACUGCGUUCACGCUCAUCCCAUCCACAACGCCGAGACCAUCCUCGACGCACAGACGCGUGAGCGUUUGCUUGAAAAUGGACAGCAUGCCGAUGGCCUUGGGAUUGAUGCUGGACCUGGCGCCGGGCUUGUUCCCUCGAUCAGCCAGCGAGCGUGGCAGUCGUCCCCUGCGGAUCACGAACAAGUGUUGGGUGGAUUUGCGAGCUUGGGCUUACCGAUGGGAGUAGCUCGCUCAGUGACCAGCACCAAAGGUUCCUCCAUGCAAGGUGCUUCGUCAGCUUCUAGCACGCCUGCGUUGGAAGCGCAAGCCUUCACGAGCAGCGCACUGCGAUGCGCCACGCUCACCCCUUCGAGAUACGAUGCCAGUGAAACUCUGGACCUCUUGACGAUCGAGGAGAUGGGCCAGCACAGUAUCAAUAUCGGCAGCGCCUCCGAUUGGAUCGGCACCCGAAUGAGCAGCUCAGCAACACAAUCGAAAGGCUGGUCAGUUGCACGAGCCACCACAAGGGCGCGUAAGUGGAUAGUCGCUCCGCUGGGUACGGACGAUGAUGCAAGCCAACAGCUGCGAGCUUCCCGAGCAUUCGUCGUCUCCGACCACGUUCCUGGCUCUCGCGCAGAAAACUUUGUCGGCAGUCAAAGUUCUGGAUCGGCCUUUCAAGCCACCCCUACAGCGCCUCCGAUCUUCGAGCUUCGUCCUUUGCGUCCGAUGGGCUCGCCCUUCGCGACUCUUUCGGAGCACACCACUAUUCUUGCGAGUCCUUUGGUAUAUCGAAGUCUCCUGACAGACCGAGGACUGUCAGCAGAGCAGACUCGGAAGCCUCUCACCUCGUCGACCCUCGCCGAGCGACGCCUAGCCUCUAUCAGACACGACCCGCUCCCUUUGGUCGAAGCCAGGCGACCAUCACUCGGUAAAAGCUUUUCGACGGAAGCGUUACCUCUGGGAGCCACGUCGCAUGCAGCGACCCCCACGCCACAGAUUGAGGGCGCGGCUAGCCCAACACGCCACAGCACGCCAGCUAGUGCUUUCGCUCCAGUAGACUCUCUCGAUCAUCAUAGCUCAGAGGGUUACCCGCCCUCGAAGGACAUGACUGCUCGUUUCUCCAACUACAAGUUUGGUGUCGCGCAGCCGUCUGCUGGUGCUGCGUCGAUCACGCGCACUGACACGCUCAUGCCACCAAACUUCGAUGAUCUCCAUGAUUACUCGCCCCGGACCUCCUUGACGUACUCGUCAGCAGAAGCUCGCAAUGCCCUGAUCCAACCUCCGGUGAGCACACCUAUGAAUGUGCAUGCUUCGGAGCGCAAGUCCCGCGGCGCCGACAAGCGACUCGCCGACUGGUUCAGGAAACGACGAGUUCCUGGAUCUGGCUCGUCGCCCGCGGGUUACAGCGGUGCACCUUCAGUGAACGAGAUGGAUGCCGAGUCCUUGAGUGUCACAAAGGACUCGGGGCUCCUUUCAGCAUCAAUCUCUUCAGAUUCUGGCACGCCUCUCGAUGCGACGCGGAUGAGCAGCGAAGCACCACGCAUACCUACGCGUUCUUCCGCGAGAUCGAUGGCAGCUCCUCCCUCGAAGCGAAACGAGCCGAUUCAGCAAAACUUUGAUUUUCUUGGCAGCAAUGACAAAUCUGCGCGAGACUUGAAGAAGCAUCAUGUCUACAUGCGAGGGGAGCCUCUCCGCAAGGCGCUGACGACCCAGCAGUUGGACAAUGACUCUGGCUACGCGGCGAUGACCGGCGUGCAGGCUGGAAGAGACAGCCUGCACAGGGUCCGCAGCACAUCUGAAGACGUCGCGCUUGGGAAUCUCUCCGUCAAAGCUCCAUUGCGAGGCUCGCCGCUCAAUGCAUCAUCAAGCAAAGCUACAACCCUGACGACGGAAGGUGCCGGCACAGCUGAUACAAUGGGUCCGAGUCACAGCCGGCACAAAACACUCAGGCGACCUCGCUCGAUCGCUUCGGGAAUGAUCAGCCGGACUGCAAAGUCUACGCCUACAUCUGAAGACUUCUCGCUGCUUGCUGAAGUGCUCGCGCAAGAAUCAGCCUCGUCCAGAAGCCCAACAUCAGAGGCGCAGUACUCUUCGAACGAUCCCUUUGUGUCGGGAGAUAAUGGAUUCGUCGCUUCGAGCUGGGCGCUGAACAACGCAUUGCUAGGAACUGACGCGGAUGCAUCUCAAGCAGCUUCUUUGAUCAUGAUCAUACCGUUAUUCUCCGCGAUGGACGCAGAAAAGCAGAUUGCACGUCCUAGAAGGUAUCUGCGAAUCGCUUACGUAUCCUUCGAUGCGAAUAUGCUAGGUGCGAGCCCUGUCAAUGCCUUCUCCUCUUCACAACGCGAACCUCGCGGUGCAUCUACCCCACCUCUGCAACUUCCUGCCGCUAGCCUAGGCUCGGACUCGCACCAUCCAGCGUGGUAUCGCAAGCUGGCAUCUGCACUUGGCCAUCACGCCUCAGAGCACGUCUCCAUGAGCGAAAAGGACUCUGCCAGCACCGCCGAAUGGUCGUCUCCAGAGAAAGCCAAACCUGCGACUCUGCAGCCUCGACGUCGUUCACCUACCGUUGGUCCCUUCCGCGUUACGGCGCUCGUCUUGCCAGGCUCGGAUGAUGCCUUUGGAAAGGAGCCCGUGCCUGACUUGCCGGAGCCUUUCACCUUUCCGCUCGUACUCGCGCUGUGCGAUGCUCGACGCAGUGUCGAGUUUGUUCCCGAAGGUUGGGCCGCUCUUGGUCUGACCGAGGGACCGAUUCCUGGAGGCUGCGAGGGCUGCGCAGAUGAGUUGGUAGGCACCAACGAAGGCCGACACGAACAGCCAGAAGCGCUGCAACGUAUCGCAGACCUCGUCAUCGCCGGCUGCUCUGCCAUCAUGGACCUCUGA